AUGCACACUAGAGAAAAAGCGUACAAGUGUGAAAUAUGUUCGAAAAAGUUUACACGGAAAGAUAAAUUGGAAACACAUUCAAAAACUCACACAAGAGAAAAAUCGUUCACAUGUGAAAUAUGUUCAAAACAGUUUAUCAAGAAAGGCGGUUUAACGGUGCAUUUAAGAUUUCACACUGGAGAAAACCUGUUCAAGUGUAAAAUUUGUUUGAAACAAUUUACCCAGAAAAGCAAUUUAAAGGUGCAUUUAAGAUUUCACACAGGAGAAAAACCGUUCAAAUGUGAAAUAUGUUCGAAACAGUUUUUCCAGAAAUGUGACUUAAAAGUGCAUUUAGGAAUUCACACUGGAGAAAAACCGUUCAAGUGCCCAAUAUGUCCGAGACAGUUUAUGAGAAAAGACAGAUUAGAAACACAUUUAAAAAGGCAUACAGGAGAAAAACCGUUUAAAUGUGAAAUAUGUUCAAAACAGUUUACCGAGAAACGCUAUUUCAAGCUGCAUUCAAGAUUUCACACUGGAGAAAACCUAUUCAAGUGUAUAAUAUGUUUGAAACAAUUUGUCCAGAGAAGCAAUUUAAAGAGGCAUUUAAGAAUUCACACAGGAGAAAAACCGUUCAAAUGUGAAAUAUGUUCCAAACAUUUUAUGGAGAAAGGCUAUUUUAAAAAGCAUUUAAAAAUUCACACUGAAGAAAAGGAAGCGGAAGGAUUGUCUCCUAGCAGUUCUCGCGAAGAACAUAUUCAAAUUAAAUCCCGAAAAACAAUUAAAAACAUAAAGGUCUCUAAUUUUUUCAAAAUUAGUCAAGGACAGAGGAAAACAGACAAAACAGCAGUAUGCACUUUGUGUACAAGCAAAUCAACAAUACUUAAAAUGAAAAAUGGGGCAACUACGUCUUUAAAAAGACAUUUACAAAAUAAACAUAAGGAUUCUUAUGAAAAAGCUUUUCCGCAGGAGAAAAGAUUUAAUCCAAAUCCAAAUAGUUCUAGCUCUGUUAUGAGCUGGCUGCAGAGCCGGACAAAUCCAAGUAAUGAAUGUUCGGACGAGGUAAGCCGUAACUUAUUUUCCUACAUAAAUCCAGCCAUACAUUUGCCUGGUAGAAACCAAAUGAGAUCGCUUACUCUGAGAAAGUUUACUGAAACUCAAUGUUCAGUUUCAAAAAUUUUGCAGUUGAAUAAAUCCAGGAUAUCUUUUACAAUUGACGGUUGGUCAUCUAAUACAACUAGUGGAUUUUAUGGUAUCACUGCCCAUUUUAUUGAUGAUAAUUGGAAAUUACAUGCAACUUUAUUAGAUUUCAUUCCUGCCAAGGGAUCACAUACAGGCCACUCUAUUGCUCAAAUAUUUAAUAAUUCUUUAAAAUUUUAUCAUUUAGAAAAUAAUAUUCAAGGUGUAACAACAGACAAUACCAACAGUAACUUUACUUUUGCCACAGAGUUAGAAAAGUUAAAUGAAAAUUUUUAUUCAAGAGACAUGCAUUUUGUCUGUUUUGCGCAUAUUUUAAAUUUAGGGGCGCGUGAGUUUAUGCAAAUUCUUCAAGUUAAUAUUGAUGAAACAACCGAAGAAACUGAUACCGAAUCUGGCGAAGAAACACAUUGUUUGGAUUUUGAAAUUUACUGUGAUUCUCCAGUCAAAAAAAUCAAAGCUAUUGCAAAGAAAAUUAAAAAAUCGGAACAACUUAAAAUAAAUUUUGAAAAAUUUUGCGAAACUUUAAAUCUAAAAAUGAAAAUGCCCAGAUUAGAUGUAACUACAAGAUGGAACUCCACGUUUCAAAUGCUGUCUUGGGCCCUAGAUUUAAAAAAUGCCAUUAACGUGCUUUGCGACAAUGUGGACGACUUAAAGACAUUUCGAGUCACUAAUAUUGAGUGGUCUCUUAUUCAAAAUGUAUGCAAUUAUCUAACAGGAUUCAGAAUCAAUUUAUUACUAGAUAAAUUAGAAAAGUGGUCACGUAACUUGGAUCAAAAAGUUGAUAGGAACAACGUUGACGAAGCACUAAUAUUAUCGCUUCAAGUAGCUCGCGACAAAAUCUUAAAACAUUAUGACAAAACAAACUGGAUGUAUUGCGUAGUUUUAAUAUUGGAUCCGCGACACAAAGUUGAAACUUUCUCAGCCACUAAUUGGGGAAAAAGUUUAGAAACGAAGGCCGUUGAACAUUUUGAGAAAAUAUAUAAAACUACUUGCUACUGUGAAAAUGACGAAGAGUUGCAAAAAAAUGAAUUUAAUAGUUGCACUGACGCUGAAAACGAUGAAUUCGAUAUAGAUUUUUAA